AUGGCUUUUUUAACCCACAGGAUUAAUCUCUUUUUGAUUGGUCUGUUAAGCUUCUGUGUAGAUAGUUCUGUGUGCAGUGAAAAAAAUAACACACUUAUUUUUACUAAAGAAAAUGCAAUUCGUAAGUGCAUGUGUCCUGAUAGUAUUAAUGACUGUGAUUAUAGCUUGGCAAAUCUAAUUUGUAACUGUAGGACUGUUUUGCCCUAUACAGUAGACAAAACCUACUAUAAUAAUUUGGUAAUUUGGUUCACUGAAACUGAUAUGUUGAGAAUCCUGUUAAAUGUUACAUCUGUGCACAAUCUAAAACUCUCGCUCUGUGGCACUAUUCCUUUGACAACAAAAUAUUUGACUAUUUGGGGAUUACAAAAAUUACAGAUAAGAAGUGAGAAUAAUGGCCAAUUAAAACAGCAAAGUUUAACAAUCUCUACUAGUUGUGACAAUGGGGCCCAAGGCAAGUUGAUGUCAUACAAAGACAAAAACAUGAUUACUCAUGUUGCUGUUUUAGACACAUCUCUUUUCAGUGGCAAUGGCCCAUUGAAAGCAUACAGUGUAGAAAAUAUUUCUAACAUUUCAGACCAGUUUCCACAUUUGGACAAUUUUUUUACUCCAAGUAACAAAAGUUGUAUCAUAACAUUCAUUUAUUAA